GUCCCGAGUAAAAGCGCCAACCACUUUUUGGGACCAACACAGCAUGCACGCCCAUGAUAGAGCCAAAAAGCAAAAAGGAGGGAAAGCACCCCAUCUCGAAAAGCCUUUGAAAUUUAUAUAAGGCAAAUGGCCCGGGAGCACGAGGGGAGGUAAAACUCAAAAUAUGUAUAUAUGCAUGAAUGAAUGAAAUGAGUGAAAAAAUACAAUGAAUAUUUUUAUGGCAGUAUUGGGCUAAUAUUUUAGACUGACAAAUUUUUGAAGAAAAAAGGGGAAAAAAUAUUGUGAAUUGAAAAGUACACAAAAAGAAAAAUAAAAAUGAAAAGAAAAUUUUUAGUAAAAUUAAAAAUUAAUUUUUUUUCAAUUUUAAUGGAGGGCAAUGAGAAUUUUCUAUUACUUUUUUCAGAAUUUUUGCUUCAUUCAAUCCAGAAACUGUUCGACCAUUUCAAACAAAACCAUUGACUGCAUUUAUAGUAACUUUUGCAAAUGCUAUUGAAGCAGCUCAAUUAUUGCUUGAUAUGACAAAACCUUUGAGACGUGUACGUGCACUUAAAAAGCCAGAAGAAGGUGAAUUAGUUGAUAGUUCUGAUGAAGAAGAGGAAGAAGGACAAGUAAAGGAAGAGGGUGGAGAUGAUGUUGCUAUUGUUAAAGGCAAUGCUCCAAAUAAUUGUACGGCUCGUUUGCGUCAAAUAAAUUCAGAAGCAGUAGAGGUUAAUGUGGAUACUGUAAAAGUUCCUCAAGGUAAAUGGAGGGUUGUUGUUCAACAUGUGCCUGCUGACAAGCUUAUUUAUGUGCGCUUAGCAAAUGGAGUUGAGCUUAGACAUGCUAUAUAUACGGCUAAAAAUUGGGAAAAUGACGGUGAAUAUAACUACAAAAACACAAAAAUACGUCCAGGAUUGGAUGUAUUCGAUGAAAAAGGGAAGGAAUUGGAUUGGGAUUAUGAACAUGAUACACGAUUUUUUGAAGAAGAAAAAUCUCCGCAUCCUCCCACGAUAUCUGAUGAGAAGCCACCAGAAAAUUUGGAACUUGAUGGAAUUAAAAUUCGUUCGAGAGGCCGAGGAACUAAAAAAUUCUUAAAAGCAUUUUCAAGUGAAGAUUCUGAUUAA